AUAAACAGUGACACAUGUGUAGGACUAGCAACUUUUUAAACGACUUAUCUUUUUGUUGAUAGGCUUUUCUUCUUCUUAUCUUAUAUUCUUGUCUGUCGUAAACAAAACCGGAAGUGCGUUGGAGUGAAUGCUCUCGCUUAACUCCGUUUCUCCGUGGCUGUCAGUAUGGUCGUACUGAGAGGAAUUCCCUCUGUUUUAUCACCUGAACUGCUCUAUGCCCUCGCUAAAAUGGGCCACGGGGAUGAACUGGUUCUUGCCGAUGCAAACUUCCCAGCAUCUUCCAUCUGUGCUUGUGGACCAAAAGAGAUAAGAGCUGAUGGUUUGGGAAUCCCACAGCUUAUGGAGGCCAUUUUGAAGCUAUUGCCCCUGGAUACAUAUGUCCCCUCUCCAGCUGCAGUCAUGGACCUGGUAGACAGUGACAAACAGAGAGGUUUAGCUGUCCCUGUGUGGGACGCCUACACACAGCUCCUGGGUCAGGCAGGGUCGCAGACUCCUCUUGAAAAGUUGGAAAGGUUUGCUUUCUAUGAACGAGCCAAGAAAGCCUUUGCUGUUGUGGCAACAGGGGAAACGGCUCUGUAUGGUAACCUGAUACUAAAGAAGGGGGUCAUUCCUGCUGAGCUGCUACAGUGACAAACACACACACACACACAUACACUAAACUGAUGAUGCUGUAAUGAUUUCAGCCACAACUGUAAUUCUUUCUUGUGAAAAUAAGCAUUUAUAUUGUAUUUUUUAUUGUGUAAUAAAUACUGUAAAUGUGAUCUGAUUAAAGGAAUACUUCACCCACAAAAUUGACCAUUAGUAUAUCACUUAUUCACCCUGUUUCCUUGAAAUCUUGAAGAAAACUUUUUUUGCAUACCGCCACAGAGAAUGAUUUUUUGUUGUUGUUGAAGAAUCUAAGUACAUGGAGGCCACCUUUAACCACAAAACUAUAUGAAAGCAUUUGUUUAUAAACUCUCACACAAAGUGUGCAGUAUAAACCAAAUGGUAUUUAUUCAAUUGCAUGCUCACCAUUUCCCAAACACAUGCCUUUUUGCUAUAGCUUACUAUUGAAAUUCUAUCUGCAGAAAUAGUCCUAUGCACGACAACCAGCAUGCAAGUGAAAAUUGUUUUAGCAGAAAAUGCAUGUGUUGGUAAGUACUGAAACAUUCAACUGAAUAAAUGAGACCUGGAUUUUACUUUUUAAAAUAGUUUUGCCGUUAAAUGUGAGAAAAAGUUAAAAAAGUUUUCUUCAAGAAUUCAAGGCAAUGCGGGUGAGUAACUGAUAUACAAGUGGUCAUUUUGCAGGUAAAGUAUUCCUUUAAUCUCCAGUUUACUUUGAGCAGAAAUUAUUUUGUAUUU